CCCACGUAAUUAAAGCUCGGUUAUUUUGCUAAGAAACGCUUUCGUUCUUGGGCUUUCGGGCUUCGGCUAUUGGUUGGUCGAUGGUGUGAAGCAGGAAAAAUGGAAGAGAAGGAUUGCGAAUUGGAUUAUAAAUGAACGAUUUGAGUUUUGGGAUUAUUAGCGUUCUUCGAAAUCUACAUCAUACAUGAACUAUGAAUCCAAUCCAGUAACAAAGGAGUGUCAGGGAAGCAAGUUGAUAGCUUUUGGCAUAGCAUAAGGGCCGAGGCAUCUCCAGCCUUCAGGGGUAGGUAGCAACAAUGCUUGCUAGAUUCAUUGCUGCAAGGAGGAGGAUAUCAACUUGGCCUCAUGUCUCUCAGAGAAUAAAGCAAACAGAAAAUGAGAUUGUCCAAAUGUUUCGCAUGCCUAAUUCCCAAGAAGGAAACAAUGGCCUUCCCAUGAAAGGAGGGUGGGUUUUGAGGAAGGACUCUGGUGCUCGGGUUUUGGAUGAGAGAUUCAUUAGGAUUUUGAAAAUAUUUAAAUGGGGACCUGAUGCAGAAAAGGCAUUGGAAGUGCUGAAGCUGAAGGUCGAUGCUCGCUUGGUUCGUGAGGUUCUAAAGAUAGAUGUUGAGGUCAAUGUUAAGAUUCAGUUUUUCAAGUGGGCUGGGAAGAGAAGGAAUUUUGAACAUGACUCAACCACUUAUAUGGCUUUGAUACGCAGCUUGGAUGAAAAUAGGCUGGUUGGUGAACUGUGGAAGACAAUACAAGACAUGGUUAAAAGUCCAUGUGCAAUUGAUCCUGCUGAAUUGUCUGAAACUGUGAAAAUCUUGGGCAAGGCAAAGAUGGUCAACAAGGCAUUAUCUGUCUUUUACCAGGUUAAGGGUCGCAAGUGCAGACCUACAGCAAGCACUUACAACUCCGUCAUCUUGAUGCUGAUGCAGGAGGGACAUCAUGAAAAAGUCCAUGAGCUGUAUAAUGAAAUGUGCAGUGAGGGCCAUUGUUUCCCUGACACAUUUACAUAUAGUGCACUUAUAUCAGCAUUUGCAAAACUAAAUCGUGAUGAGUCUGCCAUUAGAUUAUUUGAUGAGAUGAAGGAGAAUGGAUUACAGCCUACAGCAAAAAUUUAUACAACCUUGAUGGGAAUAUACUUUAAGUUGGGUAGGGUUGAGGAAGCUUUGGGCCUUGUCCAGGAGAUGAGAAUGCGGCGGUGUUCCCCAACUGUCUUUACUUAUACAGAAUUGAUAAGGGGACUGGGGAAAUCUGGGAGGGUUGAAAACGCAUACAUAACAUACAAGAAUAUGCUGAAAGAUGGUUGUAAACCUGAUGUCGUUCUGAUGAAUAAUUUGAUUAACAUUUUGGGUAGAUCAGAUCGCUUAAAAGAUGCUAUUAAGCUUUUUGAUGAAAUGAAAUUGCUGAAUUGCGCGCCUAAUGUUGUGACUUAUAAUACCAUUAUCAAAUCUUUAUUUGAAGCCAAAGCUCCACCUUCCGAGGCUGCUUCAUGGUUUGAGAGUAUGAAAAAGGAUGGAAUAGUCCCCAGCUCAUUUACAUAUUCAAUUCUCAUUGAUGGUUUCUGCAAAACAAAUCGAGUUGAGAAGGCUUUGUUGCUUCUUGAGGAGAUGGAUGAAAAAGGUUUUCCACCUUGUCCUGCUGCCUACUGCAGCCUGAUCAAUAGCCUUGGAAGAGCAAAACGCUAUGAGGCUGCAAAUGAGCUAUUCCAGGAAUUGAAAGAGAACUGUGGACGUUCAAGUGCUCGUGUGUAUGCUGUAAUGAUUAAGCAUUUUGGAAAAUGUGGGCGACUCAAUGAAGCUACCAAUCUUUUUAAUGAGAUGAAAAAACUUGGAUGCACCCCUGAUAUUUAUGCUUAUAAUGCUCUCAUGACUGGGAUAGUAAGGGCAGACAUGAUAGAUGAAGCCUUUUCCUUGUUUAGAACUAUGGAAGAAAAUGGUUGCACCCCAGAUAUAAAUUCUCAUAAUAUUAUCCUAAAUGGCUUGGCUAGGACAGGUGGCCCCAAGCGUGCUAUGGAAAUGUUCACAAAAAUGAAAAAUUCUACUAUUAAGCCAGAUGCGGUUUCUUACAACACAAUUCUUGGUUGUCUUAGCAGAGCAGGUCUGUUUGAAGAGGCAGCAAAACUUAUGAAAGAAAUGAGUUCAAAAGGAUUCCAGUAUGAUCUCAUCACCUACUCUUCAAUACUUGAGGCAGUUGGUAAUGUUGAUGAAGAUUGUAAAAUGGUAGGGUCCUGAGAGCUACCUGGUAUUGCCUUUUUGACUGACUCUA